UGUGUUGUUUUGUGUGCGUGUAAAGGGUGAGUGGGAGCAGAGGACGGUCUGCUCAGGUGCUUUUUUUCCACAAAAGAACCUGGACACUGUGUGUGUGAGACUGCGUGUUUGUAAUGUGACUAAUUUAGAUACCACCUUUCAUCAUUUGCACUUAUGACAAAGAGUUGAGACAAGAUGUCCACUGACUGCCAGAAGACCACUGCCAAGGCCAUCCCGUCGACUAGGACUGUGACCAUUAACGACGCGGCGCACAUGCCCCAGGACUACUCCACUACUCCCGGAGGGACCCUGUUCAGCACGACCCCGGGUGGUACCAGGAUCAUCUACGACCGGAAGUUCCUGCUGGGGUGUCGCAGCUCUCCGGUGGCCAAGACUCCUCCGCGAGGUCUACCUAACAUUCCCGGGGUCACCAGUCCUCCCUCCAAAGACACAGAUAAGAAGGUCCAUAAUGGAGAACUACUGAACAACAACAUCCCUGCUCCCGAUAGCAGCAACACUGGUGAUGAAUCACAGUUUGAGAUGGACAUCUAGGAGGUCGUGGAACAAGUUUUACGAUGUCAGACUUACCAACACGAUGCUGUGAAGAGAGGCUCAGGAGCACCUUCUUAUUUCCCAUCAUCCAUUCCACAAAGACGGAGGUUCGCUUUCAGUAUCUUUCAGUGUCUUAGCGUUUAAAAGUCUGUUUUAUUCAAUCUCAUUUGCUUGUUUUGCCCAGAACAAAUCUGUAAUGUAACUUUUUCUGUCUGCCUCAAGGCUGAAACCUGAUUUAUGUGUGACAAAGUGUGCCUUCCUGUAGUGGCUACAAGUUUAAACUCGUCACUGAGAAGUACUUAAUACCAACAACACCUCAUCCCUAAGAACUGAGAUGCAUUCAUGACAAUGAUGAAAAAGCAUAAAUUAAAUUUUGCUGAUUUAUAACCAUUCCAUUAGGGGUUUCACUUAAUGCGCUUUUAUUUUUACACUUUUCCUGACAGCUGUCUUCGGAUAUUGCCUUGAAAUGUUCAAGAUACUGUAUAAUAUGUGGAUCGUGCUCUUAAAACGAGUUCUUCACCUGAAGUGUCAUACAGAGAAUGUAAAACAUGAUUUUGCUGAUAAAAUUUUUGAAACAGAUUUUCACACGGUUUGUAGGGUGACAAAGCAUUAAAUAAAAAAACACCAUUAAAGCAAGCACUUUUUGUCAUGUUGA